AAGCCCAACAUUUCGAAUUCGAACGCCGGGUGACUUUAGUGCUAUCUACGAAAUGCAACACGCGCGACACCGCGCUUCAGUCGCUCUGUUUUCGUGUUGCUGAUUUCAUACACUCCGCUGAGUUGAUCUGGCGAUGAAUUCGGGUGGAUUGCCAGUGGAACUAUUGCCGAUCAACGGACACCUGUUUUGUCGAUGCUAAAUAAGAGUGAGGUUGACAACUCGCACUAUACGAACACACAUUGUUUUUGUCAGACGAGGCUAGCUUCAAAGUUGACAAGGAAAGUUCUCCCACAGGUUGAAUCUGUACGGGAGGCCGGCCACUCGCACUGGCAAAAUAUUCGACAUAUCAAAGCAGCCAAAGACCUGAAUAAAGCUAAAACAACAGAUCGACAUGUAAGAUUCAUUGAGUCAGCUAUUCAGAUGGGAGGGAGUUCCGAUCCCCGUUUAAAUAAACACCUUGCAAACGCCAUUGAAGCUGCCAAGAGAACACAGAUUGUUACCAACGCAGUUAUCGAAGCUGUAUUAAAACGAGCCAAGGACGGGUCCACUCGAAAAAACACAAGAACCUUAGCUUACGAGUUCGUCGGAGAGAAUGGGGCGCUUGUCAUUGCCAACUGUGAAGUGUCAAAUGUCUCGAAAUUCGUGCAUACUUUAAGAACAAUUUGCAGGAGACACGCCUGGGGGAUGGCAAAAGGUGGUGUGAAGGAGAGAUUUGUAGAGAAAGGAUUUGUUCGCGUUUCGGGUAAGCAGGACGGAGGAAAAUUCGAUCCAGAUGAGGCACUCAUGGCCGCUAUCGAAGCUGGUGCAGAGGAGAUGUUCGAAAUGGGCGAAAACGACUCAUUGGUGUACGAGUUCCUUUGUACUCCGACUGGGUACCUAAGUCUUAUGGGCGUCUUACAAAAAGGCGGAUACCAAUUGCAUGAUUUCGGAACGAAAUGGAUUCCCAUGAUACCGAUUACACUCGAUGAGGCUCAGAUUAACAAGGUAGGCGCCUUCUGCGACGACCUCGAAGAAAAUACCGAAGUUAUUAGUACCCAUACAAACAUUGCGUAAGUCUUUACGAAGCGUCUUUGGUGAGCGACAACGUACAGAAUGGUGCCUCUGGGUACUUACGAAAAGGUCACUCAACAUGUUAAAGAGAAGUUCUACGCCCGUAAUUAUUUAGUGUGUUGGAAGAUCAUUCUAUACUGAGCACGAACAGGGCAGCAGCAGCAAACACGUUGAAGGGUCCUUUUAAAUCAGGCGUGCUGCGGACAUUGCUAACAUAAUGUCGUGUUAUGGCAAUGCGAUACUAUCGGAUAUGAAAAAUACAGUUAGAGACGAUGACUAAUGUAAGCACCAGUGGUUUAAACGAGUGAAGGCGUGCCAUAAGUGCGCUAACCAAGAUAUGAAUAAAUUUUUAUUGUACUCUCUUUUUAGUUGGGCGUACUCAUUGGUUUGAUCAAUUAGCCGUAUAUAUAUGAGAAAACCUUCAUCUAAAUUAUGUUUCACUUAUUGAACGACAUUAAUAUAUUUAUAUUAUUGAGACAUUUAUUGUAUUGUUAUUUUUAAUUUUUAUUAUUAUAUCGUAAAUUUAAUCCGUUUUUCAACCGAACUUUUCCGGGAAAGGUCUGCAUGUAUCACACGUACUUUUAGCGUAUCCCAUGCUUGGACUUCAUCAUUACAGGUACAACAGUUUUUCUUGAAAUAAGUUCGACGAGAGGUACUUCAAUGCGAUUGAUGAGCAAGUGACGGUUUUCUGGAUCUUAUUGAACCGAGCAGAAAGAUUUUCCCUUAAGUUUAAUUUUACUUAUUACCCAACGCGUCUCUUUCAUUGCAGUCUUAGGCAAGCGACAGUACAAAUCGUCGACCUAAACAAAGCGGUUUUACGAUAAAAGCAAGUGUCCAUGCAGAGUAACCAAAGAGAGAGAAAAAAA